CAUGUAUUUGACCCGUUUUAUUGCCUUAUCUUUCUGAUAAAGUGACUUCUGGAGGAAUUUUUACCCCCGAUUCUUUGGCAACAUUGCGGUUACCUAUAGAAAUUGUUCUUCCAACUCUUUCAUCAAGUGGAUUUAAUAUUAUAAUGAUUUUGUGCUUGUCAAUACUCGAGAAAUCAAGUUCAAGGCUAUGCGUUGGAAAUUUGGUUCUCGAUCGUAACUAAAGACUGCAAACGUUUUUGUCUGAUUAGAUUUUAUUGUUUAUUCUUAAGAUUCUUGCACAUGUUACUGAUGGGUUCAUUCGCAUUAUGGGUUGGUGGAUCGCCGUGAUAUGCAUUCACCAACGUGUUUAGGAAUAUUGUUUGAUGGGGGAACCUCCAUUGUCAAUGUCGUCUAAUGAUGGCUAUGGUGGAGACGGGCGAAUCCACGUUUUUUGAAAAAAUUCUAUUGUCUCUGUGAUAAGCUGAUCGCAAAAGACAGUUAUGCUUGGUGUAAAGGAUACCUGGAGGUGUAUAUUGGCAAUGUGGAUACUUGCAUUCGGAUUGCAACCCGACGGAAUCUCGCGAAGUAAUUUUGUUUACUCCGCUGUACCGGAAGCACGGGCAUCGAACGUAACGAAAACAGACGGUGUUUGUGGUGACAUCGAUAUUCGCAAUGAAGUUACCAACUUCAAACAACUUGAAGACUGUGUGGUCAUCGAAGGAAAGCUUCAUAUCCAGCUCAUAGCAAACACAGAUGAACGUGACUUUGACAAGUACUCUUUUCCAAAACUUGUUGAAAUAACAGGCCACCUUUUCUUAUACAGAGUUUAUGGUCUAAAGACAUUACGAAAUCUAUUUCCGAACCUUGCCGUCAUACGUGGGCAGGAGCUGUUUUACAACUAUGCUCUGGUGGCAUAUGAAAUGCCCGACAUGGAAACUUUGGGUCUCCAGAGCUUGACAACAAUCAUGCGUGGUGCAGUCCGGAUGGAAAAGAAUAACAAACUGUGCUACAUUGAAACGAUUGACUGGUCCCGUGUGGCUAUCGGAGUCCCCGUCGGGGCCCACGACAUGAAGGACAACAAGGAGCAGCAGGAAACCUGCGUAAACGUCUGUCCCGAAUCGUGUCCCUCCACCAACGGAAAGUCCUACUGCUGGACUGCAGAGAUCUGCCAGAAAAAUCUAGAUUGUCCAAAUACUUGUGCUCAGCCUGGCUUCAAGACUGGAUAUUGUCAGAUCGGCACCAGAACAUGCUGCCACAAGUCUUGUGUGGGAGGAUGUACCGGUCCCCAUGCCGAUGAUUGUAUUUCCUGUACCAAUGUCACUUACAAGGGAAAAUGUGAACCCAGAUGCCCUCGUGAUACUUACGUGGUUUUAAAUCGUCGUUGCUUGCUGGACAAGGAAUGCCUGAAUUUCAGCCGGAAGUCUCUGUUGAUUCACUGGGAAGACAACUCUCCAGGACGCUGUGUUGAAGAGUGUCCACAUGGUUAUACAAUUGAUGAGAAACAGCGAGUUUGUCUAAAAUGUAAAGGAUACUGUCCAAAGGAGUGCGAAGGCAAGGUGGUGGAUAGUAUCCAGUCGGCGAACGAUUUGAAAGGUUGCACCAAGAUCAAGGGUCCUUUAGAGAUCAACAUUAUGGGCGGAAGCAAUAUUGGGAUGGAGCUGGAGAAGAGUCUCGGUCAGAUCAAGGAGGUGAGCCAGUACAUCAAAGUGGUGCGGUCGUACGCCCUACUCUCGUUCGACUUCUUCAAGAGUCUUGAGAUCAUCAAAGGAGAUGAACUUGAACAUGACACGUAUGCCUUAUACGUGAUGGACAAUGGAAAUCUACAAGAUCUAUUCACAGACAAAGUGUCAAAAAAUCUCAGAAUAAAAAAGGGUAAAGUUUGGUUUCAGCACAACCGAAAACUCUGCUUCAACAAAAUCGAAAGUUUUCUGAAGGGUAUUAAUGUUACCUAUGACAAAACCGAUGUGAGUCGAGACAACAAUGGAGAUCAAAUACCAUGCUCUGUGAGGCAAAUUAGACUAGAGGUAACUAAGAUGCAGUAUGACAUUGUUAUUCUGGAAUGGACCAAAUUCCAAGCCAUUGAUAAACGACAGUUGCUGAGUUACGUCAUCAACUUCAGAGAAGUGAAACAAAACGAGACUGUGAAUAUUUAUCAAGGCCGAGACGCUUGUUCCAAAACUAUUUGGAAAACGAGAGACGAAAAGCCGGAACGUGACGAUCUUGAUCACAUGACUGCAAUGCUGACCAAUCUGAAAGCGUGGACGAAGUACGCCGUCUACAUUGAGACCUACACUACCUCCAUGUCCAAGGAGGCGGCCAUUAGCAAGAUCCUUUACUUCACCACUGAUCCAUACUAUCCCAGUAGUCCGUCAAAUCUGGAGGUACUGACGGAGGUGGACCACGAGCUGCAUGUAAAAUGGGAGCCACCCAUCCAUCCAAACGGAAAUGUUACACAUUACAUUGUCUACUGGCAGCUGCAGGCUUUUGACCCAAGACCUUUUGAUCAAAGGGACUAUUGUAAAAAUCCUAUUCAUCUGCAGCCGAAGAAGAAGAAGAAGGAAUCGAAGGUGAACCGCUACACCAACAUGACGGAGACGCCAGACAGCAAGUGCUGCUCGUGUCCUAGAUCGGCUGUCGAGCUAGAGAACCUCGAGAGAAACAGACAGUCGGAGAUUGACUUUCAGAACUACCUGCUGGACAGCACAUACCUGAAAAAACCACGUGGGAGUGAAGAUGAUGACCGCAGCAGGAGGAGAGAUCGAUUAAAGCGCUAUGCCGUCACUGGUACGACUAUGAUUGAAGAUAAUACUCCAGCCGUGAACAACACAGACGCCAACAGUACAGAGGCUGUUACGGAAAACAUGUUCUAUGAGGCUGUGGUUUAUGGAGAAGAGCUCAUCAUUCCAGGUCUAGGACAUUUCCAGGAAUAUAAUAUUGAGGUUCUUGCAUGCCAAGAGACAAAUCCGAAAUCUGGGGAGAAGUUUUGCAGUAGCCGAGCAAUAGCAACUGCUCGAACCAGGCCAUCAAAAGCGGCUGACAACAUAAAUGCCUCAACAGUGAAAAUUAGCGAAGUUAGCAACCACACAGGACAGAUCAUGAUAAAAUGGGAAUCACCGAAAAACCCAAACGGUUUAAUUGUCACUUUUGAGAUUGAAUACUGGAAGACAAAUCUUGUGGAUCACAAUCCUCUGAGACUCUGCUUUCCACACAAGAAGUACAGGAGCUUGUCCGGCUACAAGCUCGUCAAGCUUGAGCCAGGCAAUUACACGUUCAAGAUUCGAGCCACAUCAUUAGCCGGUAACGGAUCAUGGACAUCAGAGUUCACCUUUUUCAUUGAAUCUCCAUCUGUGUCACAGAUGAUGUCCAAGACUGUGAUUGCAAUCAUUGUUAUUAGUGUCUUAGUUGUAAUCAUCAUUACCAUCAUCGUCGUCUGGUUUGUCGCGAAAAGCAAAUUUGCCAAGGAUCCAAAUGACAUGACAACAUCAACAAACCCUGGAUACAUGCCUUCACUUGAUGUAUAUAUUCCUGAUGAAUGGGAGUUUGACCGGGACAAGAUAAAAUUGAUACGUGAACUCGGACAGGGGUCAUUUGGCAUGGUGUAUGAGGGAAUUGCAAAAGACCUUGAUGGCAAAGGCGAAAUCAGGGUUGCUGUGAAGACUGUUAACAAUGAUGCAGGAUUCCAUGAGAGAACCAAUUUCCUGAAAGAAGCAGGUAUCAUGAAACAAUUCUCCUGCCAUCAUGUAGUCAAGUUACUGGGGGUCGUCUCAAAGGGUCAGCCAGCCCUCGUUAUUAUGGAACUGAUGAUUAAGGGUGAUCUCAAGAAUUAUCUACGGCAGCAUCGGCCCGAUGAGGAAGACAAUAAUGGACAACAGCCGCCAACUCUACAAGAGAUUUGGCAGAUGUCUGGAGAGAUCGCUGAUGGCAUGGCAUACCUUUCUGAUAAAAAGUUUGUCCAUCGCGAUUUGGCAGCAAGAAAUUGCAUGGUGUCUGAAAACUUGGUUGUCAAAAUCGGAGAUUUUGGAAUGACGAGAGAUAUUUAUGAAACCGAUUAUUAUCGAAAAGGUGGGAAAGGUCUGCUCCCUGUCAGGUGGAUGGCACCGGAGUCGCUCAAAGAUGGAAUGUUUACUACAAUGUCCGAUGUGUGGUCAUAUGGAGUGGUACUAUGGGAAAUGUCCACUCUAGCAGCACAGCCCUACCAGGGUCUGUCGAACGAGGAGGUGUUGAAGUAUGUCAACGAUGGCCGUAUAAUGGAAAAACCUGAAGGCUGUCCUGAUAAGCUUUAUGAGAUGAUGUUGAAGUGUUGGCGAUUUCGAUACAAACAGCGACCGACAUUCAAAGAAAUCAUUGAGGAACUUGUACCAGACCUCAAUACGAGCUUCAAGGAUGUGUCCUACUUCUUCAGCGACGAGAACAAGACUGAGGGGGCAGAGUUUGAACAACUUGGGAACAAGCAUUUGGAUCUUGACGACAUUGAUAACGACUCGGACCAACGUGAAUACAACUUAGAUAUUAAUGACGAAGUGAGAAUACCGUUCAUGUCCGCCGUGGACCCGGACGUGAGCAAUAUCGAGUCGCAGCGGUCACCCAACCGGAACGCGCAGCGCCCUAACACCGGCACGAAUCCGUGCGAGUGUGUGCUGCUGGAGGAGAUGGCCAACGGAAACAGAGACAGGUCGUCCCCCGUCAGUGCAACAGGCCAGACAAGCAGCGAGGGGGGCAGUAAGGAGAGCAGUAAAAGCAGUAAUAGUAGUUACACGAGAAUAAACGGUAUGGCUAAUGGUCACGUGCACAUGCGAUUGCCUCGCACGACGCAGUGCUAGCAGAGGCUUGUUUCUCUCAACCCGCCUACCCUACCAUGUACAGGCAGGAAAAACAAAUUGGCAACAAACCUAUGUUUCUGAUUUCCAGCUGGUGUCUUGUUGGGUAUCACUGCUACUAACAGGAAACCUGUGGCGGGUUUCGUCUUAAAACAGUAUGUCAAAAUUACCAAAUGUUUGAUAUCCAAUAGCCGAUGAUUAAUAAAUCAAUGUGCUCUAGUGGUGUCAUUAAACAAAAAUAAACUAUCUUGUUGGCUUGGGUCCAGGUUUUUUUGGAUGCGUUCUAAGUGCAGUAUUGCCCCAUUUUUAGUAGGGGGAGGAUUAUGUGUAGAGAGAUCAUAUUAUGUGGGGUUUAGGAUUAUUUUGAUAUAAUUUAAUUAGGAUGGGUUAAUGAUAUAAGGAUAUAAUUGCAUCAGGAUGAAGUGGAUUUAAGUAAACUGAAUGAAGAUUAAGUGGAUCUGGAUUAAGUAACGAAUGUAAAUUAAGUGUUGCAAGAGGGUGUGGAUUGUGGGUGAACGUGUAGAUUAAAUAGGCAUGAAUUUAUUGAUGUAAAUUAGGUGGAUGAGGAUAUAGAUUAUAGAUGAAUGAACAUGAAUUAUAUACUAUUAAUAUGGGUGAGGAUUAUAUGGAUGGUGAUUAAAUGUAUGAGUAUGCCACUUCUUCCUGUCAUGUUAUUUGGAUGUUGUUGGUACGGCAAAUAAAAUCGGGUCUCCUAUAUUUUUGCCAUUAAGUUUACCACUGGUAACCAGAAACUGCAGUUUGUCUUCUCCUGCCUGCUGAGUGAAUGUGGAGUCAUGUGACCUGUCUAUAUAAGCAUGGAAUAAUAUUUAUUGAGUGAACUUGAAUUCAUAAACCAUUAAAUCGUGAACCUGAUAGUCAUAUAGAUGAAUUCAUGGACUGCGCAGCAUGGAUUUCUUCUUAUUUUCAUUUCUGGGGUGUUUUUUCCAUGUUUUUUUUUUUUUUGUGGGAGGUUUUUCUUGCCUAACUUGGCUUGUUCUUUGAUUAACAUCUGGAAAUGUUGGGGUUUUUCGUCGCUUGGAAACUUCUGUUCCCACUUUCAAGUGUACAGGAUGAAAAUGGAAUGUGUGUUUUUUCCAGUUUAAAGUGCACAAGAAGAUAGUGGAAAUUUGUUGUUUUUCAAUUCGAAGUGGAAACGAGGCAAAUGGAAUUUUAUUUUUAAAAUAUAAAAUGGACAGCAGACAUGAAAAAUUGUAAAAACAAUUGACAAAUUCCAUUUACGAUGAUGAUACCGACUCUGGCAGCACCUGUAGUGUUUGAUUUAACGAUGAAUCUCUGUGUGGCAGAGAGAGGAAGGAUACUUGUCUAAUUUGAUUUCUAGUGGAAUCGCUCGCGUCUUAUGUCGUACUGCUAGUAAGGUGUCCAUGGACCAUGAACAUCAUCACCUUGUUUACUCAACAUACAAGCCGAUGAAUAAUAGGAACAGAUCUCAGAGUGGUUUGAAUGUGGUUUUUUUUUUAAAGGUGUUGCUACGGUUUCUCUGCCUCUGUUGAUAAAUAACAGGUUUGUUGACAAUUUUAUUGCGUACACUUGUUUUCCACUGAAGACGGCUCCAGAAUCGUGCUUGUGUGGAACGGAAAACAAUAGAAGUGAGCAUAAACCAUCAUUUUAUGGUGUGACUGUUUUCAAGUGUGGAGAGUAAGACAUCUAUAUACUUAUGAAUAUGAGAUACAAAUGAUGAUUUAUGCACAAAUUGCAUCUUUUUUCAAAUCUUUCUGAAGUCAUUUUUAAAACUAUAUUUUAAAUUGGCCAAACUCAGCUUAACAAUUUCAAGGUGGUGAUUUUGAUAUUUACAUUUUUAAAAGUGAUUUGAGCAUGUAUUUUAUUUUUUAUUAUUGUCAGUUUAAGCUGAGACUUGAAACAUUUUUAACAUCUUAUCCAUAUCUGGUUUACACGAUCAGUGAAAUUACUAUCAUUGUUUUUUUUUUAUCUUCUUGGUACUCCAAGAGUUCCAGCAUGUCAUGUCAUUUCCCAUUCAUAACAAAAGGAUUUUUUUCCCCAAAUGUCUUUUUAAUUAUUAAUUAAUUUGAAAACUGUUUAACUUAAUAAUUGCUGAUUUUACUUUGCAAGUCAAAUAAAUAAAAUACAAAAUUGUUUUGAUUUUACAAAAUGUUUAUUUAUUUUAUUUUGUCUUUAUGGCACAUUUAUGUCCAUGACUAAAAUGUUGGUAGCUUGAAAAUAUGUAGCUACUGAAUUUACCAGUAUACACACAAGUAGCAUAGAUUGUGGUCGUCAUAUAGGUUAAAUAUUGUUCAGGGAUAUGUGUAAGUAACAUGACAGUUGUAAUACAAAUCUCAAUUGAUUAUUCCUGAUCUGCUACUUGAACUCAUUUCCAUGCAGUAUGAUAGACAGUUGUCAUUUGAAUAAUUAAUAGCUCAAUAUAACAUUUGAUGAUCCAGUUUCACAGUUCAUCCUGUAUUACAUACACAUGUAUUCCUAAACUAACAUAAUUAUUUGGCAAAAGUAUUGAGAUACAAAUACAUGUAUUUACAUCAACAUAGUGUUAUUUUAUAAGCAGUUUUAGCCAAAAUUGUGUUGUUAAUGUGUAGGGUUUUCUUUCUUGUUUGAAACAUAAAUAAAAUUAUUAAAAGGCCCAAAUACUAAACUACAUCUAAGUCUGCAGACAUGCUUAUGUUUGAUGUCUAAAAUCAACUUGUUCCAAACUGAAAUAUUUACAUUAGAUAUUAGAUUUUUUGUAGUCCUUUCUUAUGUAGUUUUGUUUGAAGGCACAUGACAUGCUGAAUAAGGUAUCGUAUUAUGGUGGUUCAAAGAUUAGUCUAUUAACUGAUUUUAAAAAAUAAACACAUUUUAACAUAAUUUUCUAGAGAAGUUUUUUUUUAUGUUUAGAAAAUAACAAUUGUCAUGGAAUGUGGAAUUGAUGUUACAAAUUUUGUAGCAAUUUCGUAAUUAGUCACUGAUAUAUAUUGUGCGUGUACAGUGUACAUGAUACUGUGUUUAAGAGUUGCAGGCUAGCAAGGUGUUAUUUCUUCUUAAUACCCAUCAGCUAGACAAUUUCUUUGACAUUAGCCUGUGAUAAAUGAUAUUUUCUAAACAACAUCAAAAAGCCUCUCUGUUUAUCACUUUUAAACUUCUUCUUUUUUAAACUUUUAAAAAAUAUUUUAAACUUUGAGAAAAGAAAUAGUUUUUAACUGAAAAUUGAUGCUAUUUAUGUGUAUACAAAUAUAUGAAUGUUUUGCUGUAUUUGUUUUUGUUUUUUAAAAAGUCCAAUUGUAAUCCGUGGUGUCCUAUUGUAUUUAUUUUUGAGAGAGAAUCAAACCUUGUUCAUAUUCAUUGUUUUCAUCGUCUUGUUCUUGUUCUCAUUUUGUCAUCGUGUUUUAGUUUCUCAUCAGUUCUACAGAAGUAUUGUGUAAUUUUGUAGAAAAAAACACAAUUACUUCAAAACAACCAAGGACUGAAGUUAAACACAUGAGAAUGAAGAUAAGUUGUAUCUUGUAUAGAAAAUACCAUUACUGGAAAAAAUAUGUAUUGCUGUGUGAAAGUCUGUGUAGUUCGUCAUUUGUAAAUUGUCAGUAAUGAACGGAAACUGAAAAUGAUACGGGUAUAUUAUCAUAACUGUUUCAGUUAUAUCUAUAAGAUAAACUGAUUACUGUACACAUCAUAGGGACUCUGAACAUAAACAUGCCUUGACAAAAACAUUACCUUAAACAAAUUAUCAUUAUAAAUAUUUUGGCAAAUCACAUUGUUAUUGCCAUAUAUAUAUGUAUUGGAAGUGUGGGUUGUAUUUUUGUUUAGGUUUUUUUACUUUUAUGUUUCUAUAUUAAUGGUUGAAAGAUACCUAUUUGACUGCAUCAGAUAUUGACCAAUAUGAUCUGAUUUCAGUAUGAAUAAAUAAUGAAUUGCAUAUAAUGUAUUAGUAUAAAUUUAAAGCAUCCUUUGCUGUUUGGCCUGUUGUGUAGAUAAUAGACUUCAAUCUUGCAUUUCAAAUGACUAGUUAAUUGCAGAGUAAAUUCUGUUUUUAGUUGUGGUUUAGUUAUUUAAAUGCUACACCCAUAUUCUUUUAACUAUAGGAAAAUAGUAUCUUACUUUCAUGCAUACAGCUACAGUGUACAUGUAUUACCUGUUAGAUCAGAUAAAUAACAAUUUCUCAAAUUGUGAUAAUUGUUUUUUGUUUAAAUUCUACCUCUUGUUUGUUCGUCUACAAAAUAAAUAAUAUAGUUUUAAAAUCAUGUUGUUAGAUAUACAGUUUUAUAGAGAUAUUUUAACCUGGCAGUUGUUAAAAAAAGUUUUAAGAAUAAAGUUUCUUUCUUCUAAAGUUAAAUAAAAUAUUACAAUUUGUUACACAGGUAAAUAAAUUACAUGGAUAUAUAUUUUUAUUGACUUAAAUAUUUUUUAACCAUAUAUCAUGUAGUCCGCAUAUUUGCAUUAUAUCCAUAUCUGCUUUUUAAAAACAUUUCCUGUUGGUGAUACCUUGGCUAAAAAUAGUCAAAAUUGUCAUAAUAAAAUGUCAGAAAACAACAAAAUCAACUUUUAAGCAUUUGUUUUCAGAACCAUCUUUAUUUUUAUUAUAAUUUUUAUUUUUUGUGAUCUUUAUGUCAGAGAUUCAAAGGGUUCACUGCAAAACACUAUUGUGAAGAUUAAAGUGCAUUUGUGUUUAUUUAUAAAUCAUUGUAAAUAUAUAUUUAGAUCAGAGGGUUAAAAAAAAUCUAGACAAAUAUUGUCUUAAUACAUUUUACUUGUAUAGUGCAGUGUAAAUUGUGAAUGGCACAAAUUUUACUCAUAGUGGUUAAUAUGAAGUUGUUACUGCAGUCAUUUUGUUUGGAGAUUUUGUUUUUAAAAAAUAUUUCUUAAAUAAUUUAGGAAUCUAAAUUGAUAUUGGAUAUCUCUUUGUAGAUAUAUUUUAGCAUUCAGCCAUUUAGAUUUAUUUUAAGACUUGUUUUUAAGGUUAAUUUUUUGUUUUGUCUUAAAAGUUGUGAUUUUUACCUGUUUUAAGAAUGUUUUCAUUAGCAUAAACUUUAUAUGCUAGAGUGUUUUCAUUGUUUUAACAACAUAUAUACCAUGAUUUUUUUUCAUGUAGACCCAACAUUGCAUAUUUUAUUUUUAGAACACAACUCGGAUGGGCUUUAUUGGCAAAGUAUGUUUUGAAAAUUAAAAUAUACAUUCUUUUCUCUUUACUUUUUAGGAGAACGAAAUGAAAUGUUGACAUAACCUUUACUUUUUUGUGAAGUAUGUCUGUCAUAGGCAAAAUUGUGUGUGUGUGCAUGUGUGCGUGCCUGUGUGUGUGUGUGUGUGUGUGCACACGCAUGUGCGCGUGUGUCCUUGUGUGUGUGUGUAUGUGAUCUCUAAAUAAGUAAAAGCAGACUUGUCAUGAGCAUAGAUUCCUACCAGAUUCUUUGCUGCAUCUAUUACAAGUAGAACCAAUGAUAUAUAGAGACGAGGCAGACAUUUUUGCCUUGUUGAAUCCAUGGUCAGGACCUUAAUUCUAAUUCCACAUCAUACUGGAAAUGAUACAUUUACAUGUCUUAGAAUAAUUGUCAUGAUCAUCAUCAUUAUUGUCAUUGUGGUUUAUCACCUUCAUCAUCAUCUUUGUGUUAUUGUGAUAUAUUAAAUGUGAGUAUAAAUGUCCUUGGUUGAUGUCAUUGUCACCAAUUUUGUUUGUUUUGUUUUUAGUUUAGAUUUAUUGGCAUCUUCUUCAUGUGACAUUGAACUCUUUUUUUUUUUUUGUGUUGUGUUGAGUUCAUCUAUAUUAAUAAUUAUUAGGUGGAAAGUGACCGUCCAGUUUUUUGUCUUUACUGCGAUAAUAGUCGCAAACAGGUAAGAUGUAUGUUUUACCUGUCCAGUGUUAAGAGAUAGCAUUCACUUGAGCAUUUAUACCCCAUUCCAGCCUUUAAUAGAAGUAUAUCGCAUCAAUAUUGUUUGGUUUUAUCUGCAACUUGUAAAAACAAUGGUGAAAAUAUAGAUAAAAUAGCAAUGCUCAUCCAUAGUGAAGAAAGUCAUUUUCUGAACAGAGUUUGAUGUUAUGUUUUCUUGCCAUGCACACAUCCUUCAAAAGGCUCUGAAUAUUGGAGACAGAUUAACAAAACAUCAAAAGAAUUGAGUACGUCAAGUGAAAUUAAAUUAUUGACAGAAAGCGAUUUUAGUAUAGGUCAGUACAGGGUAUAGGUCUAUUUAAAUGUGGUGAUAUCAGGUUUCUUCUCUCAUUUACUAGACCUAGUGUCCAAAUGACCAUGUAUGAGUGAGCUGGGAUGUCGAUAGUUCUUUAGGUCCACAUUAAAUGUUUGUGUUUACUCUUAAGACAUUAAACAUGUUCACAGAUUUCAUUUCAACUUAUUUUUGUGUUUAUAUCCAAUUAAGGUUCAAGCAUGUUGUCCUGGGCACAGACCUCAGCUAUCUGGGUCUGUCUGUCCAGGACAGUGGGUUAGUUGUUAGUGAAAGAGCAGAUGGUGUAGUGAUCUUACACCUACCCAUUGAGUCGUUAAAACUCUCUGGGUGGGAGCCGGUACCGGGAGUCCACAGAUUAAACAAAUCAUGAGUAGACCAACAUCACUAGUCACUUGCAAGUAUGCACUGUCAAAUAUUGAGAGGGGCUGGGGUGUCAUUCAUGAGUUUAAGAAUUCUUUCUCUUUCAUUCACUUUGUUUUUGCGUAUAGUUUUUGAGUUGACACUAUAUUACGACAAAUGUUUUCAGAUUAUCUCACCAUCUAAUGUUUGUUCUGAUUACUCCUACUAGGUAAAAUGGUCUAAACAUUUCUGUAAAUGUUUCUUGUUUGUUUUUUUGCGUUUGUGGUACAAAUUCAAAAAUGUUUUCAUUUUGGCAAAAUAAUGUUCACGCUGUUACCAGUGAAUCUUAAGUGAGAUUUAGAACACCAUUGAUUUACUGUAGCAAGUAGUAUAUUACAAAAGGAAUUUAAAUUGUCUUUCAUAGGCAGUAGAGCUAUUACAUUCAUCUUGUACCUGGUAUAUACUACAUGCAUUUAAUAAUAUAAUUACCUUGGUUAACACAGUUGUGAAAAGACAAAAUUAACAAAACAAAAAAAUCAUGUCUUUGGUCCAAAACAAGUAAUUAUUUUUCGAAAAAAGAUUUAUGUUAAAUAAUUUUGCCAUUUAGUCUGUUAUAAUCUUUUGUUAACGAAAAUAUACAUGAUUAACAUGAGUAUUGAUUCAAACCUGAAAAAUAAUCACAUUUAGUAUUAUUAUAGUUAAGGAGGUAUUCACUUGUAAGAUCCAGUAGUAAUUACUGUUGGUUAUCACAUACGAUAUAAAAAUCACAUUUAGAAAUGUUUUCUCUUUUUUUAUUUUAUUUUAUUACUGGGUAUUAUAAAUGCAUUAAUAAUUGUGUUUAGCAUCUUGUUAUUAAAUGUUGGUCUACACUCAACACUAUGAUACAACAUGAAAUUUUUAGUCUGUGGAAUUAUAUGACAUGUAUAUCAAAGGGUUAAUAUAUUGUUACUACACUAACAUACAGGUAAAAUAAAAUGACAUUAGUUUCAGCAAAGAAAGUGCCAAUGGAAACUUUGAUAGGUACAUGGUCAUUAUACAUAACAUUACAUAAAAUGAAUAAUGAAUCAACAUGCCAGAAUAUACUUAUUAAACAUUAAAUUACUGCUUUAGUUGACUAAAUACAUGUACACUAUCAAAUAUAUUCUCUGCUGGCCUACAUUGGUGGAGUUUCAUACUUACACACUCAGUGUUUGCUUACACGGAUUUAUAAAAUCAUGUAAUCGGACCAAGGAAAAUAUGUUAAAGUUUUUUUUUUUACAUUAUUGUUUUAUUACUGAUUAUGGGGUGGGGGUGUCUUUUUUUUCUUCUUUUAAAAAAAAAAUCAUAUAGUUGAAAGCAGAGAGAAAACAAAUGGCCAGGACAAUGGAAACCAAAUUUAUAUUUGAUUUAAGAUAUUUUAGUUUCAGUCCUAUAUGGUGAUUUUGUACAGCAGUGUCAUUACACAGGUUUUCAGAUAGAUCAGGUAGUUAUCAGGGGUUUUUGUAAAAUAUUAUUGUACACCAACUGUAGACUGUAAAGCAUUGGAAGUUUAUUGUAAAUCCCAAACUUGAAGAAUAAAAUGAAUUGACAUUAAUUCAAUAGGCCAGUCUGCAUAUGUUACACAGACCAAAAUAUCAUCUGUUACAAUUUUAGUUCCAUCCUGUACCAGUGUAAAAAAAGAAAAGAAAAAAAAAGAUUAGGCCUAGACUAAGACCAUUUAUAUAAGAUUGGGAAAUGUUUAGGCCCCUCACACACACACACCCGGUUAUUGGCCGUGUAAAUUAAAAGUCCCCUUCUUACCGGCUUGUGACCUCUGACAAAACCCCAGAUAAGUAAAUUUUUUCAUUUUAAAGAUGUGGAUUGGAGUAGAAGGUUGUAAAAUAGUGAUGUUUAAUGUCUUAUCUCAAAUAAAAACAAUUUUCAUUGAUAAGCCAGUAUUUAGACAGAAAUGAAAUGUUGUAAUUUAUGAGAAAACCUUUAAGGAAGGAAUUGUAUAUAGCAUUCAACUAGGUUAUCAUGUGACUGGGGCAAGAUCAGAUUUCUUACUGAAUUAAGAGGAGUAUAUCAUGAAACUAUUGGACUUGUGUAGAAAAACAUCUUCUCCUUGUUUCAUUUUCAUCUUUGUUUUUCAUCAUGUGUUUGCCAAGUGUUCCCUGUUACAAUCCAGAUGGAUUCCAGUGAUGUAUCAUGUUGAAAUCCAUGGAUAUUCCCGGAAUCAUGUCACAAAUGGAAACAUAGUUUUAGAACCAUCACUCAUCUUUUCUUUUUCUUCUGAUAUUAAUAAGGGUUAACCCUUUUGUUCUCCAAGCACUUAUUAGUCAUUUUUCACUUUUUAAUCUUUCUUCUUUUUGUUUUAAUUGUAGAACUUUGGAAAAAUUGUCAAAAUAACUUAAAUACAUUUAGAUUUUUUCAUUUACCUACUGUAUUUUGUUAAACUAUCAUAAUUUGAUUGUAACGAGUCACAGGUCCUGAAUAUUACAAAUGAAAACAUCUCCUGUUGAAGAUUGUUUUAAUCAGUGAACUAUUGGUUUUAUUUUUAAUAUAAUUCUUACUGUUCUACCAUUAGAAUUAUAAGAUGUCACAGACAUCACUUUUUGUGAUAGCAGCAGAGCGUUUAAAAUUUUGGUUUUAUCAUUUGUAUUUUAACAAGUUUUAAUUAGUUGCCUCUUUUAUGUAGUAUUUAAACCAACUGAAAAACAUAUAGUUCAUACUUUCAUUGUAAGUUGCAUCAUAACAUAUUAAAGGUCAUAAUAUACAGACAUGUUAUCACAAAAAUUUAUAAACACAAUUAUGCCAAAACCUUUUAAUUUAGAAUUAAUUAAAAAGCAGAUGUUUUAGUCUUAGAAAUCAAUUCAACAUCUUGCUUUAAUAAACCAGUAUGGGGAUUUUGCUCCAACAUUAAUAAUCAUACAUAAAGUGAUAAACAUUGUUAUAAUAUAUUCCACCCCAAAAGAACAGCAAGUCAUGUUCAAAACUAAAUUUUCAGUUCCAGAUUUAAAGCUCGACAGUAGCUUUAAAUACUUGUACUAAUUUCAGUGGUUUUUUAUUUUUAAAGCUGGAUUCAAAUAAGAAAAAAAAAAAAAAUCAUGCAGAGUAAUAAUAAUAAUAAUUUAUUGAAUAUUCAAUAAUCAUCCAUUUUAAUAGUAUUAUAGACACUAGACAUAAGUAGUUCCAAAAUAUUACAAAUAAUGUUCAAAAAUGUUAACCCGGAUUUUAGUAUGCAGCUAGAAUGCAGAUGGUUAUUGGCUAGCUCCAUAAUUAGCGUACAGAACUUACAUUGUACAUACAAUCAACAUGUUAUCAUGUUGGACAUUGCUAUUGACGUCCAUUAUUGUUUCAUAUGCGUACCGAGAAGUAAUGUGUACAAUUGUUUUUGUUUGAUAAUGUCGAUGAAGAUUCCCUGUGUUGUGUCGAUAUUGUCAGCAUCUCUUGCUCUCUCUCAUUGGUCUGGUUGUUAUAUCUUUGUGCAUGUUAUUUGAUAAGUUCUCUCAUACUGAUCAAGAACCUUAGGUUAUGUGUACAUCUCAUUGUCCAUGAAAAAUACAUUGCAAAAAAAGAAAUUUUUUUUUUGUAGUGCAUCUGUAUAUAAAAAUGAUUGCAUAUACAUGUAAAUAAACCUGGAAAGACA